AGAGGCGGAGACGUGUGGGUUGUGGAGCCCAGUACGGUGUCUCAACUGGCUUCCAUUUCGGUCUUCCACAACUCCGAACAAUUCGAUAAUCCUAUACUUUUUUUUUUUGUUUUACUUUUCUUUCUGCUAAAGCUCAGAUCUAAUCCAUGGCUUCUCCUUGUCGGAGCUAGGGUUUUUCACCUACUUAUUGCACCCAUUCUUCUUCCAUUUCUCUUCCAUUUUCAUUCUGUUGGAGCUUCCUGUUUCUUCCAUUCGUUUUCUCGUUCUGCUGCUGAUUCUUCCGCUUCGUUUCUUGCCAUUGGUGCGUUAUGGCACCCAAACCAGGUUCAGCUGAUGGUAGGACCAGGAGCUCUUUUCAAAUUUUCAUAGUUAUAGGUUUGUGUCUGUUCUUCUACAUACUAGGCGCAUGGCAACGUAGUGGUUUUGGUAAGGGAGAUAGUAUAGCUAUGGAGAUUACUAAGACUGGAUCAGACUGUAAUAUAGUUUCAAAUUUGAAUUUUGAGAAUCAUCAUGGAGGUGAGGUUGAGACUAUUGAUGAAUCAAAAUCGAAAACUAAAAUGUUUGAGUCAUGUGAUGCUGAGUACACUGAUUACACCCCUUGUCAAGAUCAGAAGCGUGCAAUGACCUUCCCCAGGAAUGACAUGAUUUACCGUGAGCGACAUUGCCCUGUUGAGGAAGAAAAGUUGCAUUGCCUCAUACCAGCCCCCAAAGGAUAUGUAACUCCCUUCACUUGGCCAAAGAGUCGAGACUAUGUUCCAUUUGCAAAUGCACCUUAUAAGAGUUUGACUGUUGAGAAGGCUGUACAGAACUGGAUUCAGUAUGAGGGCAAUGUAUUUAGAUUCCCGGGAGGAGGAACUCAGUUUCCUCAAGGGGCAGAUAAAUAUAUUGAUCAGCUUGCUGCUGUGGUUCCUAUUAAAGAUGGGACAGUUAGGACUGCUCUUGACACUGGAUGUGGGGUUGCAAGUUGGGGUGCAUACCUUCUGAGUCGACAUGUAUUAGCCAUGUCGUUUGCACCACGAGACUCUCAUGAAGCACAGGUUCAAUUUGCUCUUGAAAGGGGAGUUCCUGCAGUUAUUGGUGUUCUGGGUACUGUGAAGCUGCCUUAUCCAUCUAGAGCCUUUGACAUGGCUCACUGUUCUCGAUGCUUAAUCCCUUGGGGUGCAAAUGAUGGAAAAUAUCUAAUGGAAGUUGAUCGAGUUCUUAGACCAGGUGGUUAUUGGGUGCUUUCGGGUCCUCCAAUCAACUGGAAGACUAAUUAUAAGUCAUGGCAGCGUCCUAGAGAAGAACUUGAGGAGGAGCAGAGAAAGAUUGAGGAGGUCGCCAAGCUUCUUUGCUGGGAAAAGAAGUCUGAGAAGGGUGAGAUUGCUAUUUGGCAGAAGAGAGUAAAUAUAGAUUCAUGUCGUGACAGACAGGAUGAUUCUCAAGAUAUCUUUUGCAAAUCGCCUGUGUCAGAUGAUGUCUGGUAUGAAAAAAUGGAGACCUGCAUUACUCCAUAUCCUAAUGUUGAGAGCUCUGAUGAGGCUGCUGGUGGUGAACUGAAGACAUUUCCUGCAAGACUUUAUGCUGUUCCUCCUAGAAUUUCUAGUGGAUCUGUUCCUGGCAUUUCUGUCCAAGCCUAUCAGGAGGACAAUAACAAAUGGAAGAGGCAUGUGAAGGCUUACAAGAAGAUCAAUAGUCUUCUUGAUACUGGAAGAUAUCGUAAUAUUAUGGAUAUGAAUGCUGGUUUGGGAAGCUUUGCUGCAGCCCUUGAAUCUUCUAAACUAUGGGUAAUGAACGUGAUGCCCACUAUAGCUGAGAAAAAUACUCUUGGUGUCAUCUAUGAACGAGGGUUAAUUGGCAUCUACCAUGACUGGUGUGAAGCUUUCUCCACGUAUCCUAGGACAUAUGACCUCAUUCAUGCCCAUGGCCUUUUCAGUUUGUACCAGGACAAAUGCAACAUGGAGGACAUUCUCCUGGAGAUGGACAGGAUUCUGAGACCCGAAGGAGCAGUGAUCUUCCGGGAUGAAGUCGAUGUACUCAUUAAGGUGAAGAAGAUGAUCGGAGGGAUGAGAUGGGAUACAAAAAUGGUGGAUCAUGAGGACGGUCCGCUCGUGCCCGAGAAGGUACUGAUUGCUGUUAAGCAGUAUUGGGUUGUAGGUGGAAAGAACUCCACAUCACACUGAAUCUCUAUUAAACCUUUGGCUACUUUCAAAAACCCCUCACUCUGAAUACACAACAGCACCCUUCUCCCACGAAUGUAGUCAUUUUGCUACUUACCACGACGGAGGGAAGUGGCGGGGGAUCGCAGAGGCCGCCGCCCAGCUAGUAGUAGUAGCUCAGCUGCAGGUGCGCUUUGUUUCAAUUUUCCCCUCCUUUUUUGAGCCUUUUUGUAGACCAAGACAAUCAAAAUGCCUUACCUCUCAUUUCUAUGCCCUUAUUUUGUACUCUAAUUUAUUGUCAUCCACAUACCCCUUCCUCCAAAGAGAGAAAUAUCAACGUGUUUGGGUUGGGUGGGGUCGGGUUUGGUUCAAUUCGUUUUUUUUUUUGCGUUGUAAUUCUAUUAUGUUACUAAUUUAUUUAAUGCCUAUAUCUUUGGUGAUUCCUUUUGUUU